CGGGCGGCGCCAGGCUUGGCGGCGGCCACCGCGGCCAGGCUUCGCUCUGAUGGUGACCUCGCGUCUCUUUUGUAGUGUUGGGGAUGUUGUGUUGAAAAGAAGUUCGAAUGUGAGUUUUGAAGCACUUGUGGCCUUCAGGCUGUGUUGCCUGCCAUACAUCGAUGAGACAAUACAAUUUUUCGUCUGCCUACUCGGCGAGACUGUGAAGGGUACAGAAAUAACUGCGAAGCGACCGAUGUUAUCAAGGAAGCAAUGAACUAGUGGAGGAGAUUGACUUGCUGCACCCAUGAUGAUAAUUUGAGGAAGCUCUGAACUUACGUUGUCUGUGGAAGAUGUGACGUGUGCAGACAGUACGUCAUGAUGCAAGGCAGUUCAUGUCAUAGGAUGUCGUUCCACCCCGGCCGGGGCUGCCCUCGGGGAAGGGGAGGACACGGAGCCCGACCCUCCGCGCCCGCCUUCCGGCCCCAGAACCUGAGACUGCUUCACCCUCAGCAGCCGCCCGCGCAGUAUCAAUACGAACCUCCAAGCGCCCCGUCCACCACCUUCUCGAACUCUCCAGCCUCCAAUUUCCUGCCUCCGCGACCAGACUUUGUGCCCUUCCCUCCGCCCAUGCCUCCUUCGGCGCAGGGCCCCCCCCCGUGCCCCGUCAGACCCCCUUUCCCCAACCACCAGAUGAGGCACCCCUUCCCAGUGCCGCCCUGCUUCCCCCCCAUGCCCCCUCCCAUGCCUUGUCCCAACAGCCCCGCGGUGCCCGGGGCGCCCCCGGGGCAGGGCACCUUCCCCUUCAUGGUGCCCCCUCCUUCCAUGCCCCACGCGCCGCCCCCGCCCGUCCUGCCGCAGCAGGUGAAUUACCCCUACCCCCCGGGGGGGUACUCUCACCACAACUUCCCCCCUCCCAACUUCAGUAGCUUCCAGAACAGCCCCAGUUCUUUCCCCCCCAGCGCGGGCAACGGCAGCAGCCCCCACUUCAGGCACCUGCCUCCCUACCCACUCCCGAAGGCGCCCAGCGAGCGCAGGUCCCCCGAGAGGCUCAAGCACUACGACGACCACCGGCACCGGGAUCACAGUCACGGGCGAGGGGAGAGGCAUCGCUCGCUGGAGCGGAGGGAGCGAGGCCGCAGCCCCGACCGCAGGAGACCCGACAGCCGCUACCGCUCCGAGUACGAUCGCGGGCGAACGCCGCCGUCCCGGCACCGCAGCUACGAGCGGAGCAGAGAGCGGGAACGGGAGAGACACAGGCACCGGGACAACCGAAGAUCACCAUCUCUGGAAAGGUCCUACAAAAAAGAGUAUAAGAGAUCUGGAAGGAGUUACAGCUUAGGUGUCGCUGAACCUGCGGGAUGCACACCAGAAUUACCUGGAGAAACUAUUAAAAAUACAGAUUCAUGGGCUCCAGCUUCAGAGAUUGCCAAUCAUCGGUCUCCCAGCAGGGAGAAGAAGAGAGCUCGUUGGGAUGAAGAAAAAGACAGGUGGAGUGACAGCCAGAGCUCUGGCAAAGAGAAGAACUAUACAUCCGUCAAGGAGAAGGAGCCAGAGGAGACGCUGCCUGACAAAAACGAGGAGGAAGAAGAGGAACUCCUUAAGCCUGUGUGGAUUCGAUGCACCCAUUCAGAAAAUUACUACUCCAGCGACCCCAUGGAUCAGGUGGGAGAUUCUACUGUAGUUGGAACAAGUAGGCUCCGUGACUUAUAUGACAAAUUUGAGGAAGAAUUGGGGAGCAGACAAGAAAAGGCCAAGGCUGCUCGACCUCCGUGGGAACCUCCGAAGACGAAGCUAGAUGAAGAUUUAGAGAGUGCCAGUGAAUCAGAAUGUGAGUCCGACGAGGACAGCACCUGCUCUAGCAGCUCAGACUCUGAGGUGUUUGAUGUCAUCGCAGAAAUUAAGCGUAAAAAAGCCCACCCCGACCGACUUCAUGAUGAACUGUGGUACAACGACCCAGGCCAGAUGAAUGAUGGACCACUCUGCAAAUGCAGUGCCAAAGCGAGACGCACAGGAAUUCGGCACAGCAUUUAUCCUGGAGAAGAGGCCAUAAAGCCCUGUCGCCCCAUGACCAACAACGCUGGCAGACUCUUCCACUACCGGAUCACUGUCUCCCCUCCUACCAACUUCUUAACUGACAGGCCAACUGUUAUAGAAUAUGAUGAUCAUGAAUAUAUUUUUGAAGGAUUUUCUAUGUUUGCACAUGCCCCUCUAACCAAUAUUCCUCUGUGCAAAGUAAUUAGAUUCAACAUAGACUAUACCAUUCAUUUCAUUGAAGAGAUGAUGCCUGAGAAUUUUUGUGUGAAAGGGCUUGAACUCUUUUCACUGUUCCUAUUCAGAGAUAUUUUGGAAUUAUAUGACUGGAAUCUGAAAGGUCCUUUGUUUGAAGACAGUCCUCCAUGCUGCCCAAGAUUUCAUUUCAUGCCACGUUUUGUAAGAUUUCUUCCAGAUGGAGGCAAAGAAGUGUUGUCAAUGCACCAGAUUCUGCUAUAUCUGCUACGGUGUAGCAAAGCCCUGGUCCCAGAAGAGGAGAUUGCUAAUAUGCUUCAGUGGGAGGAGCUUGAGUGGCAGAAAUAUGCGGAAGAAUGCAAAGGCAUGAUUGUCACCAACCCUGGGACGAAACCAAGCUCUGUCCGCAUUGAUCAACUGGAUCGUGAACAGUUCAACCCUGAAGUGAUUACUUUUCCGAUUAUCGUCCACUUUGGGAUACGCCCUGCACAGUUGAGUUAUGCAGGAGACCCACAGUACCAGAAACUAUGGAAGAGUUAUGUGAAACUUCGCCACCUCCUAGCAAACAGUCCCAAAGUCAAACAAACUGACAAACAGAAACUGGCACAGAGGGAGGAAGCACUCCAAAAAAUCCGACAGAAGAAUACAAUGAGACGAGAAGUAACAGUGGAGCUAAGUAGCCAAGGAUUUUGGAAGACUGGCAUUCGUUCUGAUGUCUGUCAGCAUGCCAUGAUGCUGCCUGUUUUGACCCAUCAUAUCCGUUACCACCAAUGCCUGAUGCACCUGGACAAAUUGAUAGGAUAUACUUUUCAAGAUCGGUGUCUGUUACAGCUGGCCAUGACUCAUCCGAGUCAUCAUUUAAAUUUUGGAAUGAACCCGGAUCAUGCCAGGAAUUCUUUGUCUAACUGUGGGAUUCGGCAGCCUAAAUAUGGAGACAGAAAAGUCCAUCACAUGCACAUGAGGAAAAAAGGAAUUAACACCCUAAUAAAUAUCAUGUCACGCCUUGGCCAAGACGAUCCAACCCCUUCAAGGAUUAAUCACAACGAACGGUUGGAGUUCCUGGGUGAUGCUGUGGUUGAGUUCCUGACCAGUGUCCAUCUGUACUAUUUGUUUCCUAGCCUGGAGGAAGGAGGAUUAGCCACCUAUCGGACUGCCAUUGUUCAGAAUCAGCACCUCGCCAUGCUGGCAAAGAAACUUGAGCUGGAUCGAUUUAUGCUAUAUGCUCAUGGACCUGACCUGUGUAGAGAAUCAGACCUUCGACAUGCAAUGGCUAAUUGUUUUGAAGCACUGAUAGGAGCUGUUUACUUGGAGGGAAGCCUGGAGGAAGCCAAGCAGUUAUUUGGACGCUUACUCUUUAAUGAUCCGGACCUGCGAGAAGUCUGGCUCAAUUAUCCUCUCCACCCACUCCAGCUACAAGAGCCAAAUACUGAUCGACAACUUAUUGAAACUUCUCCAGUCUUACAGAAACUUACAGAAUUUGAAGAAGCAAUUGGCGUCAUUUUUACUCAUGUUCGACUUCUGGCAAGGGCAUUCACGUUGAGAACCGUGGGAUUUAACCAUCUGACCCUAGGCCACAACCAGAGGAUGGAGUUCCUAGGUGACUCCAUCAUGCAGCUGGUCGCCACAGAGUACUUAUUCAUUCAUUUCCCGGAUCAUCACGAAGGCCACUUAACUUUGUUGCGAAGCUCUUUGGUGAAUAACAGAACUCAAGCCAAAGUAGCAGAAGAGUUGGGCAUGCAGGAAUACGCCAUCACCAAUGACAAAACCAAGCGGCCCGUGGCCCUGCGGACCAAGACAUUGGCGGACCUUUUGGAGUCAUUUAUUGCAGCAUUGUACAUUGAUAAGGACUUGGAAUACGUACAUACCUUCAUGAAUGUCUGUUUCUUUCCACGAUUGAAAGAGUUCAUUCUGAACCAGGAUUGGAAUGACCCCAAAUCCCAGCUGCAACAGUGUUGCUUGACACUUAGAACAGAAGGGAAAGAGCCAGACAUCCCCCUGUACAAGACUCUGCAGACGGUGGGGCCCUCCCACGCCAGAACGUACACCGUGGCUGUUUACUUCAAGGGAGAAAGGAUCGGCUGUGGGAAAGGACCCAGUAUUCAGCAAGCGGAAAUGGGAGCUGCAAUGGAUGCACUUGAAAAAUAUAACUUUCCCCAGAUGGCCCAUCAGAAGCGGUUCAUUGAACGGAAAUACAGACAAGAGUUAAAAGAAAUGAGGUGGGAAAGAGAGCACCAGGAGAGAGAGCCAGACGAGACUGAAGACAGAAAGAAGUGAAGGAGGGCCCGGAAGUGGAGGCGUGUUUACUUGCUUAAUAACUGUGACUGUUGCCUGUUGAGACCUAGCCUAGUUUUCCUUCAAACAAUGAAUGAAGUGUGACCAUUGAAAUAAAACAUGAAGUCAACUGCU